AUGCCGGACGAUAUGUCUAUGAUACCAUAUAAUGGGGGGAAUCUUGAUGUUGUGCUCCGACACAACGACUCCGUGGUCGUCUAUGAUCAUGAUUCCCAACAGCUAGUUCUCCGCAAUGCAGCGGACACGCAUGAGAAUGAUGUCGAGCUUUCAAACUGCCCAUUAUGUCACCGACCUAUGCGAGAUAGCAGUCGGGGUCGGCAACAUGCGAAUGCAGACCCUGAAGGGGAAUUCGUCAACCCGAAUUACUUCCGCAUGCUUGACAACAGCCUUCCAAGCUCUACAAGAUCCUCUACCCCUCCUUCCCCACAUUUUCGCCUUGUCCAACCGGCUCUUCCGGAUGGAUCAGCUAGCGUCGGACCUACUAGUGCUCCUUCUCAUAACUCUUAUUCGACAACGUCUCAAGGAAUCUCAUCUGCCGCAUUCAGUCAGGAUUACUUCAAGAAGUUCUUUGUGGAGGAAAAAGUGCUAGGAAAAGGAGGAAAAGGCGUCGUGCUGCUUGUCAAGCAUGUCUUGGAUGGUGUGUCUCUUGGACAAUAUGCCUGUAAGCGUGUUCCUGUCGGCGACGACCAUGAAUGGCUAGAGAAGGUCCUGGGCGAAGUCCAACUCUUGCAGCAUCUUUCCCAGCAGAAUUUGGUCUCGUAUCGCCAUGUCUGGCUGGAGAACGCCAAGAUAAAUGUCUUUGGUCCCAGUGUACCAUGUGCCUUCAUCUUACAGCAAUACUGCAAUUCUGGUGAUCUUCACAAUUAUAUUUGUGGCUCUGUGCCGACGUCAACCACCGCCCAACAACUAAAAGCGCGCCUUCGACGAAAAUCCAAGGGCGAACCAGACCUGAACCCUACAGGGCCCCGUAUGCUGCAGCUGGAUGAGAUCUAUUCCUUCUUCCGAGAUAUCACGUCUGGGUUGCGUCAUUUACACACCAACGGAUACAUUCAUCGUGACUUGAAACCUCAAAACUGUCUCCUUCAUGAAACAACGGAUGGUAUGCGAGUCUUGGUGAGUGACUUUGGUGAGGUGCAAACACAAAAUGCGAUGCGCAAAUCAACCGGUGCAACAGGGACAUUGUCAUAUUGUGCGCCUGAAGUUCUUCGACGCGAAUACCCAGAUGGGCCAUUCGGCAACUUCACAUUUAAAUCCGAUAUUUUCUCCUUGGGCAUGAUUCUCUAUUUUCUGUGUUUUGCAGAACUUCCAUAUGCGAGUGCCGAUAUCAUCAAUGAGGAGAAAGAAGAUUUGGACCAACUGCGCAAGGAGAUCACCAGCUGGGCCGGUUUCGAUCAAGCUCGAAGGAAGCGCCCUGACCUUCCAGAGAAGCUUUAUAGCUUCUUAGAAAGGCUUCUUUCUGUGGACCCUGACAGGCGGCCCACCGCCGAUGAAGUAUUGAAUGGGAUUCAAGCCGGUGCCAAUGCCAAUGAAUUUCGCUUCAAAAGAAACAGCUCAGCUAGCCCCGACUUGCCUACUGGGGCUAGAAUUCGCCCUGUCGAUAGUCCCCAGCCCUCUAUGGACAGACGAGCCCUUUCGCCCGCCAAAAAAAUGCCUCGUAGUCCCGUGGCAUUCCGACGAGACUCAAUGUUCGACACAAAUGAGUUUGGGGCCAGCUCGCCCUCUGGGUCAGAAGUCAUGGAUGGCCGGCCAUCACUCAGCCCCGAUCAGGAUAUUGUCGUUCGCCCCAGAUACUCUACUUCACCGCCCAGAUCCCCGACGAGACACAGCCCUGAUGAAUCCAUUCAUACUCAGCAACAAAUACCUCGUCAACAACUUCUCCCUCCACCCCCGAGCAGAUUUCCGUCGCUGGAUUUUUUGACAGCGUACAUAUCAUCACCAGGGCUGCAGUUUUCAGUAUUCUUGAUCAAAGUCGUCUCUAUUCUCCACCCAUGCUCACCUCUUUCCGUAAAACCGUGGAUUCUCUACCCUCUUCUCCUAUUUGCUGCGAUAACUCUUGGUGCACACGACCCUCGGAUUCAAGCUCUAGCUAUCAUAGCGCAUAUGCUCGUCGUCGGGGUUGGUAUGCGUCUUGGUGCUCUGUGCACUUGGCCCGGGGACUCGACCCUCGGCCUCUAA